CCCCUGAUGACAGGUCACAUGACCUGAAACGUGUAGGGAGCUCCUGAACAGAUUCACUCACAUAGCAGGAACAAGCUGUCUUUCUCCUUCCCUCACUGGUUUCUGUUAACGUUAGUGAAAACUAUUAUUUCUUGGAACAACAUACCUGAAGGACUGCAGAAGUUGUAAUAUACAGGUGCACAGGGAAACAGAAAGGAUUUUAGAUCGGCAACACUGGCAGGACUCGAGAUGAAUGCUGAUAAGUAUGCUAAUUAAUGUCCACAUGCAAUGUAACCUGAUCCAACGGCUUGUAACCUGCACACUGGGGAAAAGGCUAUUUGCCUGUUGUGCCUUUUUAAAAUCACGCUUGUGAGGCAGGGGCAGGCUUUAAGGAUGCAGCUUACAAAAAAAUUCCUGGUGGAGCGCAUGGCAACAAUUACUUGGAGAGAAUGCUGCAUACAACUAAGUGAAGUUGUUAACGGAUACAGAUGGCUGUGAAAACAAUGAGGUGGGUGCUACAUCCGUUAGUCAGUAUCCUAAAGAGACUGUUCGCAAACGGCAGAAUUCCAUGCGCAGCUCCAGGAGUAGUGACUCUUGCAGAUCAUCAAGGAAAAGUUUCAAGUUAGAUGUCAGAAUGGAAGAGGAUGUAACCAAGUCAAGGAGACACAAGAAUGGCAGAUUUGUGAACCCAUGGCCUACAUGGAAGACACCCUCCUUCUGGAAUAUUCUGAAAUGGGCAUUCACAGAAAAAGAUAAUAGCAGUGUUCCUAGCUCAAGAGAGGAGCUUGACAAGGUGCUUCCAGUUGUUAAACCCUACUUUGUUCAAUACCCUGAUUUUGCUGGCAAGACCGAAAAUGGAAUACGGGUCACAUGGUUAGGACAUGCUUCUGUCAUGGUAGAAAUGGAUGAUGUGAUAUUUCUUACUGAUCCUAUCUUCAGUCAACAUGCAUCCCCAUUAAGCUUUGCAGGGCCUAAGCGUUUCCGUGGGCCUCCAUGUUCAGUAGAGCAACUUCCUAAAAUUGAUGCCGUUGUAAUCAGCCAUAACCAUUAUGACCACUUGGAUUAUAACACAGUAGUGGGUCUUAAUGAGCGUUUUGGCACUGAGUUGAGAUGGUUUGUACCUUUGGGUCUUCUAAACUGGAUGCAGAGUUGUGGCUGUGACAAUGUAAUUGAAUUGGACUGGUGGGAGCAAAACUGUGUACCUGGACAUGAUGAAGUAACAUUUGUGUUUACCCCAUGCCAGCACUGGUGCAAAAGGACACCUAUAGAUGACAACAAAGUGCUUUGGGGUAGUUGGUCUGUCCUAGGACCAUCAAACAGAUUCUUUUUUGCAGGAGAUACUGGGUACUGUGCUGCUUUUGAAGAGAUAGGGAAGAGAUAUGGUCCUUUUGACAUAGCUGCUAUUCCAAUUGGAGCCUAUGAACCAAGAUGGUUCAUGAGAAGUCAGCAUGUGGACCCAGAAGAGGCAGUUAGAAUUCAUGCUGAUGUUCGUGCAAAGAAAUCUAUUGCCAUUCACUGGGGGACGUUUGCAUUAGCCAAUGAGCACUUUUUGGAUCCACCAAGAAAACUCAGUGAAGCACUUGAAAGAUAUGGACUGAACAUUGAUGACUUUUUUGUGUUAAAUCAUGGAGAAUCUAUAUCCCUUAAUAUGGAUAAUGAUGAUUUAUCAGAAGAUUGAUGAAUAUAGGCUAAUAUUUUCAUUAAAUACUUUUACUAAAAUAUUUCAAGAAAGCAAUUGAUAUGCAUUCCUUACAUUUAACCCUUUUUUCUGCUAAAGAUGUAAAUUAUACAUAGAAUCUACAUAUUCAGGUUUAAGAUUGCCCCCACCAACUGUCUUGCCUAGCAAAGCAUUAUUCUUGUAGCACACCUAAACUUGGCCAAAUUGAGGUAAAGGGUUAAAUAUUUUUUUAGCUAUUUUUCUGCCUUUAAUAACAGCUGUGAAUCGCUAUUGUGUGACCAGAACAGCACCGUAAUGUAACAGCACGCCGACUCCUAUGAGUAUUUAGUCAUAAUCAAAGACUGCACCAUGUAAAAAAAAAAAUGAGGAUAUGAAAAGCACUGCAUGGCUGUACUGACUAUACUGUCAGUAGAUGUGUAGUGCUUUGCAGUUAAUGUACACAGGGCAGUUUUGGUCCAUAUCAGCCUUUACUUUGCUGGUGGGGUAAAUGCAUUGUGUGCCAUUAACCUUGGCAAUAAAAUGUGAACUUUUUUUUUUAUGCCGGCAUUUGAAUAUAAGGAGUGCACGUCAGAGUUGCUUUAAGGGAAACAUAAUGCACCUUUUGAUAUACAUUUGUAGAACUUCAUGUGUAGGUACUGAAAUUUAAUAGUUUAUUUGAUGUUUUAAUAGAAACCAUGUCCUAUAAAUGGUUAUUUAAAAAAAAGAUAAAAUGGAGUAUCAUCCUAAAUAGAUACUAAUAUUAUGAGAUUUUGUAAUUUAGUCUUUUUUUUUUUUUUUCCAUUUUGCCUCUCACACUCUAUCCAGCAUACAUUUAGCCCAGGGUACAUGCAGGUGAGCUAUCCUCUUCUUUUCUUCUUUACUUGUGAGCCCAGUGCCGGUGCAUGCACAAUAGAGCGAAAAUUAUGGCUUUUUUUUGUAGCUGGCACAAAGAAAGAAGAUGAAAAAUAUUGCUCGCCUGCAUGUACCCCAAGCCGGUGUGGUUUUUUGCUUACAGGAGCACCAGCCAGGGGUAUCGGGUAAGUGAAUGCAAUUACUGGGGGGUGCUUAACAUUUAGGCAUCCCCCAGUGAUGCAACCUUUACUAUAUAAAUAUAUAGGAAGUCUAAUAUUUUUUUUCCCGAACAGUUGGCAACCCUAACAAUCAAAUAAAAGUUCAGAUCCCAAACUGGCUAUAUGUUGAAAGCAAAGCUGAUUCAAAGCGAAUAAUAACCUAUUGCAAGUUAGCUUUUUUAUUACUACUGUCAUCAUAGUGAAAGAUUGUUUUAUGGUAAAAACCCACAACAAAGAUGUAACCUCAUGUUUACAUUACCUUAGUAAAGAAUGAAAACUAGUGUAAAAUAAAAAAAAAUCCAUGUGCCUUUAUAAUAAACAGAUUAUGGCUAAAUCUAACACAUAACUGAAAGAUAAUAUUUUAAUGGAAUUGCUUUCAUAGAUUACAUUUUUAUUAAAAUUAAGGUCAGAGGUAAUCUUUGAUACAAGGGCAAACUUUAUUGAAAUAACUCUUUAUUGUAUUUCCAAAAGAGGAACAGUAGAAGGAGAGAAAAAUACUAAGAUUAGGGGAAUAGAGCUUGCAAUAAGUACAAGGGCAGACUUUAAUAGAGAAAAUAUAUAGGAUAGUUUGAUAGAGGGGAAAAAUAAAUGGGGCAGAAUUAUUUUAUAUAAAAGCAAAUAAAUAGCAAAUAAAAGUAGGGAUGCACCGAAUCCACUUUUUCAGAUUCGGCCGAACCCCUGAAUCCUUCGUAAAGGAUUCGGCCGAAUACCAAAUCCGAAUCCUAAUGAACAUAUGCCGAAACUUGGCCAAUUCCCGAACUGAAUCCUGGAUUUGGUGCAUCUCUAUUUUAAAGCCCUUAACUUAUCACCAGAUACUUGCUGUAAAAUCCAUCUAUGAAACUCCACUCUAAUGCGCUUGGUGCAUGCACUAUUUGGGUAUAAUAGGAUUAGUGUGCCUUGGGCAUCCCAGUAUAUAAAUCCUUUUCUGAUUAUAAACAUUUCAUACAAAAAUGGAGGUGGCCCCUCAAAAUGCACUUAAACAUUUGCUGAUACUGUGUGUGCUUUGACCUUUUAUAAUAAAAAGUAAUUGGUUAUUUAUGUAAGAAGUCUGACAAGCCUGAUGUCAAGAGUCCUUGCCUGUAUUUACUGAGGAAUUAUACAUUUGCUAGGGAAACAUAUGUGUUUUAGAUAAAACAAAUCUGAGAUACGAGUUAACAGGGAAAAUCUUUCCAUACUCGUAAGGGCAAUGACACCGGGAGAUUUGUAGUCAGCGUUAAAAAUAAAUAAAAAUGUCCCUAGCACUGACUUCAAAGCUCCAUGAAGAUGCCUUGCCAUAGACUUAUAUUGGAAACACUGCAAGUAAAACGUAUGACUCAUGGCAAUCUGGCGUAAUCGCAGGAAAUUGCAAAGGAAGGCAAUAUUAGCCUAUGGCAAGGUGUUUUCAGAGAGAUUCGUAGCCAGCGCUAGCAAAUUUUUUUAAUGCUGGCUACAAAUCUUCUGAUGUAUCAUUGCCCAAAGAAGGCCAUACACCGAGUGGUUCUCCCCCGAGACAAAUAUAAAAUAUUUUUGUGUAGUGGGCUCUGUCAGAUCAGGUACUUGAUCAUUUUGGCCCAAGAUUUAAUAAAGGGCAUCCCAUAUAGACUCCUUAGGAGAGGACUGCAUCCUUGGACCAACAUAGUUGUGGCUCAAAACAUUUUCCAACCCAAUUUAUUGAUACUGUAUCUGGCAAAGCCCUGACUGGAUAAGUCAGGAAGGCCAUUGUUUUGGUCUCCUACACAGGAUGUAUGCUGCUGAAUUGGUUAGAAGUUGGCAGUCAGUGUGGCCUGACAACUUAAAGGGUUCCUUUACCCAAAAACUGUUGUUAUAUACAAUAAUAAACUGAUAAACUGCUUAGAAUUGUGUUUUUUAUCAGUAUUUGCUGGCGGAACCCUCCCUGAUCAAUUCAGCAGCAUAUGGCCCGUGUAUGGCCAAAACAACGGUCACUCCCACUAAUAUUUGAUCAAGGCUUGGCCAGAUAUAAGUGAAGAAGUUUGAAAAUGUUGUUUGGCAGUGGGGGCAAAGGGGUCUGCAUGGGGUCUCUUUAUAUUUUGAAACAAUGUAAAAAAGAUUACAGAAUAUUUGGAAUUCUAUUAAAAACCCAGAGUGCCUUUUCAUGCAAACUGUACUUUUUGUAAGCAUUGUCCCAAACUAGAGAAACUGGAACAGGUUUUUUGUGUGAUACUUGCUGUUUUGUACAUGAAUGUGUAAUGCAUUAUUUAGCAAACAUAUUAUGAAAGUAAACACUGGAAAACAGAUGUUGUAAAUGAAUGUAAGAGAUUAUGGAAAGCAGUUAAAAUGGUGAACAAUGGCAGGACAGAGAAGGGCCUUUACCUUUUGUGUAGAAUAGGUGAUUGGUAAAAGUAUAUUGAAUUGUUUUGUUAGUUAUCCAUCCUUUAAACUACAAUUCCCACUAUCGCCAGCUUGGGGCUGAGCAUUAACCAAAACGUAGUCAUGCUGACAUUCUCAAGUCAAGUCUUUAACUUUAAACCACCAACACAGUUUUUGGGCAGUUCUGCAAUAAUGACAUAAUGGCACAGUACAACAUGCAUGAUCUGCUUGGAGCCUGGAUGUCUUUUAGGGAGGUUCAUACAUAAUAAAACUAACCAUAGAUUGUGUUUGCUCAUUUGUCAGUGCCAUUCAAAUAAAGGAAAGUAAUCUGCCUGCCCCAGCUUUAUAACAUAUUGCAAUAAAGUAUUAGUUAGCUUUAACAAUCUAUUCAACACCAAAACAUAACUAAUAAGUGCCAAUGGUUACUGGACUGGUAAUACCUAUGCCCAUGCUUUACAACUAAAGCCAGUAAGUAGCACACUAUGCAUUUUCUCUGCAGAGGUUUGCUUGAAAAUGCAUAAGUGUGUCCUGACAGGCCAAUGCUGUGCUUCUUAGUGCACAAAGAGUCAGCAGAUUGGUCAUUUCUAUGCAGAAAAUGCCUAGUGUGCAUUUAGCCUACUCCUAUUUUGUUUUCUUGCCUGUCAGCACAUGUUCUAAUAAAGAUCUUUCAAUAAUGCCAAAAAAUAACUAUAUUAGAAUAGUGCAUAACCGAUCUCUUGUUAAUUAAAAUACUGUUUUAAAAUCAAA